CAUCUAGCACGUUUAUUUUCCUGUGCAUUAAAGGAAAAGCCAUUUCCACACGCCUCUCUUCUUCAUCUUCAUCUUCUUCCCUUUUGAUUCCAACGUCUUUAGUUACAAAUCUGUCUCAAAGCUUGAAUCUUUGAAACCCAUUAACCCAAAGAAACUUAUGUUUCCAAGCUUAUAAAUUCCAAGUCCUCUCCAAUAGAGCUAUUUGAACCUUUUAAAUUCCUUUAAUAAUUAUUUUGACUACUUUGCUUCAUUAGGAUUCGACUCAUGGAUUAAAUUCUUGAAUCUUGAAAUCCCGCCCAAAAAAAUGGUUACUAAAUUGCAGGUUACUCAGUUAAAAGCAUCGGAUUUUGGGUUGAAUUAUCUGAUUUCCAGCCAUGAAAAAGUUUUCAAGUUUGGAUAUUUCUCAAGAAACUCACCUUCAAAGCAGAAGUUGAGGUUCAAGCUUGUGGGAGCUCAGAAGGAUAGAUGGAAGCUCAAUGACAUUGACACCAAUACUGUGCAAGAAAGAAUAAAUUUAUGGCUGACAAAGACCCAGCAUUUUUUAAGUGAGAUAACUUUGCCACUGGUGAAAACUGGUCAAACUGGUCAAAGUGGACCUGGAAAGCUUGAUCCUCGAAAUGAAGAUGAAGUUGAUAAUCAAGAAAUGGAAGACAUUUUCAUGGCAGAACGGAUUAUUCCUAGUGGUUUGCCUAAUGGAAAUCUUUCAUUAGCUGCUAUUGUAUCUAUUGAGCAGUUUAGCAGGAUGAAUGGAUUGAGUGGAAAGAAAAUGCAGAAGAUAUUUAGAACUCUUAUUCCCAAAACCGAGUACGAUGAUGCUCGUAAUUUGGUGGAGUAUUGUUGCUUCAGGUUUUUGUCAAGGGAUGCCUCUGAUCUUCAUCCCUGUCUCAAGGAACGUGCAUUCCAGAGGUUAAUGUUCAUCACAAUGCUUGCUUGGGAGAAUCCUUACCGUGAUAAAAACAAUUUACAUGCUCAUUCACUGACAAAAUCUUCUCUUCAGGGAAAGCUGGUGGGAGAGGAGGCUUUUACUCGUAUCGCUCCUGCAAUUUCAGGUGUAGCUGAUCAUCCUACGGCACAUAACCUUUUCAAAGCUCUCGCUGGUGAUGAACUGGGCAUUUCAUUACGAGUGUGGUUAACUUAUAUCGAUGAACUUCUCAAAGUGCAUGAAGGAAGGAGAUCAUAUCAAAUCUGUGAAUAUCCUCAGCUCUCAGAGGAAAGAGUAUUGUGCGUUGGUUCUAGCAGGAAACGACCUGUUCUAAAAUGGGAGAAUAACAUGGCAUGGCCAGGGAAAGUUAUUCUAACGGAUAAAGCGCUCUACUUUGAGGCUGUUAAAUUUAAAGGGCGGAGCAAUGCAAUAAGACUCGAUCUUACGAGGCCUGGAUUGGAAGUUAAGAAAGUAAAAGUUGGACCUUUCAAUUCUGGGCUUUUCGACUCUGGAGUAGCUGUUUCAUCGGGUCCGGGAUCACAAACAUGGGUGCUGGAGUUUGUCGACUUGGGUGGUGAAUUAAGGCGAGACGUUUGGCACGCGUCUAUCAGUGAAAUUAUUACUCUACACAAGUUUCUUAACGAGUAUGGACCCGAUGAUAAUGAUCGAUCACUAUCUCAAGUAUUCGGUUCUCAAAAAGGGAAGGAAAAGGCUAUGACGAGUGCCAUUAAUGGCAUUGCUAGACUUCAAGCUCUCCAGUUUAUGCGAAAGUUGUUAGAUGAUCCAAUCAAACUUGUUCAAUUCUCUUUUUUACAAAAUGCACCCCAUGGUGAUCUCGUUUUCCAAUCACUAGCCGUAAAUUAUUGGGGUGGACCAUUAAUUGCAAAAGCUACGGACUUAAAGUAUCAACGUGCUCAAGGAACAAGCCCUUCUGAACCCGAAGUUGAAAUCAGCGAUCAUGUAUUUGACAUAGAUGGAAGUGUUUACUUGAGGAAGUGGAUGAGCUCUCCGACUUGGGAAUCUAAUGCUUCCAUUAGUUUUUGGAAGCAUGCUUCAACUAGACCAGCAGUUGUGUUAAGUAAAAGUCUUGUUGUGGCCGAUAAGUCCCUUGUUGAAAAAGCAGCAGCAAUCUGCAAACAAAAAUAUCAGGCAGUGGAAAAAACUCAAGCCACAAUUGACGCAGCGAAACUCGAAGGGAUACCCAGUAAUAUCGACCUUUUCAAGGAACUUCUUCUCCCUUUUACUAUCACAGCUCGGAAUUUCGAAAAGCUUAGACGAUGGGAGGAGCCGCACUUGACUCUCUCGUUUCUCGCAUUUGCUUAUACAAUUAUUUUCAGGAAUCUGCUGUCAUAUGUUUUUCCCAUGGCAUUGAUCAUCUUAGCCAGCGGCAUGCUAACACUUAAAGGACUCAAAGAACAAGGUCGUCUAGGUAGAUCUUUUGGAAAAGUAACUAUACGUGAUCAACCACCUUCAAAUACUAUUCAAAAGAUUAUAGCCGUAAAAGACGGUAUCCGUGAUGUGGAACAUAUCCUCCAAAAUCUGAACGUUACUCUCCUGAAAUUACGAACGAUUCUCCUCGCAGGUCAGCCUCAGAUAACAACCGAGGUUGCAUUGGUGUUGUUAUCAUCCGCAACCGUUCUUCUCAUCGUGCCUUUCAAGUACGUCCUUGCAUUUCUUCUAUGCGAUCUUUUCACUCGAGAGCUCGAAUUCAGGAGGGAGAUGGUUAAGAGAUUCCUUGCCAUCUUGAAGGAACGUUGGCUUACCGUGCCAGCAGCCCCUGUAAUUGUAUUACCAUUCGAGGACGAGGAAUCCAAAUCGGUGAAUCAAAGAAACCAAACUGACAAAGGCGCAAUCAAAAAGAAUGCAGAGGAGUUGGAGACCUAGAUACUUUUAUUUCGGACAUGCACAUAUACUAUAGUGAAAAAUUAGUUUCUAUAUGGUACAGAAAAAGGCAAAAAGUUACAGUUUAAUCCCAUUUUUGUGGACAUUGCUGCACUAAUAUAUGUGGCAACUGAAUUCUUGUUCUUGGCUAUAUAAAUAAGAUUAAGAUGAUUGUUAACGCUCA